AUGGAUGGCGGCAAGGUAACCCUCGGUCGGGCGGCAGGGCUGUACGCCGGCGCUGCCGUCCUGCGGCUUGCCAUCUUCAGCCUGCUGCCCGCCCUGCCCGACCUGCUCACCGGUCGCGUCGAGAUCUCAACCCCGGUGACCAGCUUCAAGCGAUUGCAGGAGGGCCUCUUCCUUUACAACCACAACGUGUCCCCGUACGACGGCGGCGUCUACCACCAGGCACCCCUAUUCCUGCCGCUCUUCUCGCUGCUCCCGAGCUACGCGACCUUCCCGUUUCUGACGAACUUCCUUUAUGUGAUCGUCGACCUGCUGAGCGCCAAUGCGCUGUGGAAGAUUGCCGAGUCGGGAGAGGCGGGCGCGUCUGCCCACUUUACCUCUCCGCGCCGUGAAAAGCGCUGGAGUGGAUUCGUCAUUGCGGCCACCUUCCUCUUCAACCCCUUCACCGUAGCAACAUGCAUCGGCCGGUCCACAAGUGUCUUCACUACCUGUGCGAUCCUCCACGCCGUCGCAAAGGCCGUUUCUGGCGCUCCCUUCGGCGCCAUGGCCGCCCUUGCCUUCGCCAGUUACCUCUCCAUGUACCCUCUUCUUCUGCUCCCUCCGAUCAUGCUCCUCGCCUAUGACCGGCAGAACCCCACGCGUGCGAUCCGUUCGCCACUUAAAUUCUCCCUUGCCUGCACAACCACCGUGGCGCUCAUUUCAGCCGCCCUCCUCGGCAUGUCUUACCUCCUUACCGGCUCCUGGGAGUUCCUGGCCGCGACCUACGGCGUCCAACUCACCCUCUCCGACCUAACUCCCAACGUCGGCCUUUGGUGGUACUUCUUCAUCGAGAUGUUCGACUCCUUCCGCUCCUUCUUCCUCGCCGUCUUUUGGCUACACCUCUCAUGCUACGUAGGCGGGUUGUGCGUGCGCAUCCGUAGCCAGCCGCUUGCCGUCAUCACGCUAUUGCUCGGCAUUUUCGCCAUCUUCAAGCCCUACCCCAGUAUCAGCGAUACAUCGCUGUUUUUGGCGUUGGUCCCGCUAUACAGACACGUGCUACCGCUGAUGAGGUACUCAUUCGUCAUUGCGGCCGUGAUUCUGUAUUGUGUGCUCCUAGGGCCGGCGUUCUACCAUCUGUGGAUUUAUGCUGGCAGUGGGAAUGCGAACUUCUUUUAUGCGAUUACUCUGGUAUGGGGCCUCGGCCAGAGCCUGCUCGUGUGCGACCUUAUGUUCGCUGUGUUGCGUGACGAGUGGGAGGUGGAGAGGCCGGAGAUGGUGGGUAAGGAGAUUAGGCAGAUAUGA